AUGAAACUCGAUGCUCACGUCGACAUGAUCGAAUUCAAAGAGUAUGCAAAAAUCAAUCUCGAGGAGACUCCUGUCGUUGCUCUUAGCUGUGGGCAUUUCUUCACCACAGAGACUUUGGACGGACUAAUCGGACUAAACAACGUCUACGAGAUCGGCCCAAACGGUAACGUCAUCGGUCUGGGAGAUACUUCGUCCAAGUUGUCACCAGCAAUUCCGAAGUGUCCGCAUUGCCAGCGACCGAUCCAGCAAUACACAACACAUCGAUACAACCGCUUGAUCAACCGGGCUGUGGUCGAUGAGAUGUCCAAGCGGUUCAUCGUCACAGGCCAGACAGCAGUACAAGAGAUAGAGCGGAGACUUAUCGAGAUAGAAACGAUCCUGCAAGCCUCUCGUCAAGAUGUCUUCCGAGAGAAUCUGGGCCCCACUCUAGUUGGCAUACGUCAGCGAGGUAUCGGAGAAGUCGCUCAGAAGCUUGUAACACGGUAUACGCCAGCCUUGAAGCUUCGCUCUGACAUCGGAAAACUACAGAUGCGCACGGCAAAGCACCACCAACCUGCACACAAACUCCACGACGCUACUAUCCAUGCAAUAGGACGAAGUAGCGGUCUCGAGAGUGCAUUUGGAGGUCUCAGGCUUGAGCACAUCCCAGUCGUCAGCGAGCGCGAUGACCGCAUUGCACUCAGGUUGAAUAUGAUGCGAGUCAGGACGGAUGGCGUGAUCCUGGAAGACAAGCUGCGUAUCGUACCGGUGGUGAGAGCUGAGUACGGCGAUUCAGCUUCCUCUUUAGCAUUGUUCGAACGCUCUCUGGCUCAAGCCUUUUUCCAAUCUUGUGGGAAGCUCAUCGCCGAGUGCAAGGACAAGGCCCUGAAGAGGAUAGCGAUGGAGCUGUCACUCCUCUACGCGCAACUAAUCUGUGCAGUCGACACAGCUGGACUUCGCGAGCCGGAAGACGGCGAAAUGGCCAGCAGGGAACGGGACAACGCUAGGAAUCUGCUCGAGGAAGCAACGAUACUAUGCGAGCACGGAUUCCACGAUGCAGAGACUCUGCUAGAAGCAGUCAACCAGUCCUUGAAGCUUCUGCGAAAGGAAUGGUAUGCGAAGGUCACAGACCAGGAGCUUGAAGCGAUCAAGUAAGCGAUGGUGAGCGGGUCGAAAGGAAUCGCAACCCACUCCGGCUACUGGUAUAAUUGCGCUAAUGGCCAUCCGUUUGCUAUUGGGGAGUGUGGGAUGCCGAUGGAAGUUGCACGCUGUCCGGAGUGUGGUGCGAAUAUUGGCGGACAGCAACAUGUAGCUGUGCAGGGUGACUUGAUACAUAGCCUCAGGCUUCUGGCUUGGCAUUCACUUAAGCCAUUCACCUACCUGCACCUUUCCUAUAGAUUCUCGUCCUUUCUUGAUAGACACACAAUUAAUCAAC